CUUUGGCUAUAUAUCCUCUCUCUCCCUGUCAAUUCCAAGACCUUUUUUUUUUAAAGAAAAAACGGAAACUUGUUGACUUUCUCUAAACUGACCACAGCUAUUACCAGCCAAACUCUCUUUGUCUCUGACGCAGAAGCAGAAAGAGUUAGUGAAUUAAGAUUAAGAGUCACAAGAAGCUUGACACAAGAGUAGGGAAGGAGUUUGAUAUUCAGAAUUUCAUGUUAUGGGAAAUAACAAUAAUCACAAAUAUUAUCCUCAACUUCUUCUUCUUCCUCCUCAGCCAAUUAUAAAGCCUUCAAAAUUCAAGCGCAUAUGUGUUUUCUGCGGCAGCAGCCCUGGCAACAAACCUACUUACCAACUUGCUGCUAUUCAACUUGGCAACCAACUGGUUGAAAGGAACAUUGACUUGGUGUAUGGAGGUGGGAGUGUUGGCUUGAUGGGUUUGAUUGCUAAAGCUGUUUUUAAUGGUGGCCGCCACGUGUUAGGUGUGAUUCCUAAAUGUCUCAUGCCCAGAGAGAUUACUGGAGAGAAAAUUGGAGAGGUGAGGGCUGUAUCUAGUAUGCACCAAAGAAAGGCUGAAAUGGCUAGGCAAGCUGAUGCAUUCAUAGCUUUGCCAGGUGGCUAUGGAACAUUAGAGGAACUCUUAGAGGUCAUCACUUGGGCACAGUUGGGCAUUCAUGAUAAGCCAGUAGGUCUGCUAAAUGUGGAAGGCUACUACAACUCUUUGUUGUGUUUCAUAGACAAAGCAGUAGAAGAAGGUUUCAUCACGCCCUCUGCCCAUCACAUUAUUGUUUCUGCCCCCACUGCUCGCGAACUCAUGUCCAAACUUGAGGAUUAUGUUCCAAAGCAUAAUGGAAUCGCACCAAAACCGAGUUGGGAGAUGGAGCAACAACUUGGCUACACAACAACAAUACCGAAAAUUGCUCGUUGACACUUAGGACCCGUUUGGCAUGAGUUUUGUCAAAAUAAAUUUGGAAUUUAUUUGGCAAACACAUGUUUGGCCAUAAAUUUUACUCACAUUUUGGCAA